AUGGACGGCCUCUCAGGUGGAAUCAGACGUUUGGCUUUCCAAAAACUAGCUGCGUUGGCAGUUGAGGCGCCCCGCGAUGAAUCGGAGCUCACUCGCCUUGCGGACCAGUCUCGGUUGAGUCGUCAGCCCGAUGGUGCCUUGAAUGGUAUUUUGAGGGACCAGGCCCCUAUAUCUCAGGUUCCAAUGGGCAUCCGCGAGCUCGAUGUCCUCCUGGCCCUAUGCAAAGCAGCCUCCUCGGUAAACGACCCAGAAAAUGCUGCUCGAUUGAUGUCACAACUCUCUCGAUAUCUGCCGGAAUCCCACAGUCAGCUAUUCCGGCCGUCGCCCUUUCUGCAUAGUGUAAAGCCGUCGCCUUGGGAAACCCUAACAUACAAUUUGGUCAUCGCACUUUUGUCACUAGGAACCAAGUAUCCAGACAUUCGCACAACGGCUCUUCGGGCCGUGCACAGCUAUCUGAAUAACUGCACUGAGGCUAUCAAAGCAGUCACGCCUUUCCAAUAUUCUAGAUCUGAGACGGGGCGGCAAGGCGUUGUACAUGAAUCUCUUGCCGUGUUGUCAAUUGCAGUUUCCCUUGUUGGGUUCAUGGAAGCCUCAGCCGAGCAUACUUCUAUCUGGCAUGCGAGCGAGAAAUUACAGAUUGUCGAUAAUCUGCGUGCAAUGUUGUCCGAGCCUUUUAUAAUUGCAGUUGAGACGGCUUCAUCCACCAUUCGCAAUGCCAACGUUGCGGAACAUGCUUUCAGUGACUGGAGAAAAUAUACUCGUCGAUACGCUGCUCAUGGUCGCCCCUUGGGUGCUAUGCUCGUACAAGAAGGCUUCAUGCGCUUUGUAAAGUCAUGCGCAGCAUCUCUGAUCGGCUUCCAGCAUUUGACUGAUGAUCAGCUCUUGGACGACUACAUGACUGGUGUCGGUAUUGCCAAGAGUUAUGAUGAGGCAGAUAUUGCUCUAGUCGAGCGCGUCACUGAUAUCAUUAGCGAGGAAAUCCACUUGCUAGAGGAUGGCUCCGAUUAUCUGCAAGUUGGCUCACCUUGGCAGCAGCGCCUUGCCUUCUCUGUGAAGGGCCAUGCUCUGGUAGGCUUCCUGAACUGCGUGAUUCUUGGCGAAGAUUUAACCAAUAACGAUAUGUUGCUGUCCUGGCUCGAGGAUACUUUGCUCGAUCCCCAGCAAAUGUCGAACGUGGAGCUAUCUGUGACCGUUUUGAAAUGCACCGCCAUUCUUGCAAGAAUGUCGCCGAAUGGUGCAUCUAUUGGAAGACGGUGUCUUUUGAGAUUCUUGGCCCAAGGAGGUGUGUCAGCUCGUUCCACCGUCGCUGUCGCCUCCCGGUGCCUCGCUCAAAUCCUGACUAUCCUUUCCGAGGAUGCUGUGAUCACUACCCUCUAUUCACUUGGCAAUGCACUAAGCCCGAGCACGAAUGUGGAUCAAUCUAGCCAGGAUCAACUGAUCGGGGAUCAUACCGGACCCGGAAUGAACCUUGAGGCAUACCCGAAGAACGCAAGCCAGACUUCGCUCUCGGCCAAUGGUGAGGACGACACCGUGACCUACAGAAAUGUCAUCCAUGCCAUUGUGACAGUUGCAACUCACUGCAAUGAUGGGAAGAUCAGUGCAUUGGCUCAAUCUAUGCUUCUCCAAAAGAUUGGCAAGAUCAAUAUCACGGUGGAUGCCUUUAUCAUUCAGGAGACUGCCGUUCUUGCUUUAAGCGGCGGACAAGCUGAGUUCCAGCUUCUGUUGAAAUUCUACGCACGUAUCUACCUUGACGGCAUCAACAAGGGACUAGAUACUAUCUCUGAUGCUGUCCAGUGCGCCAUGGCUUACCUCUCGAUCACUUUGGACCAGAAGUCUCCACUUCACAGACUUUAUCUAGUCCAUCUGUUAGAAAGCAUUAUCAACAAAGGUGAUGUGCCAGACCGUGAAAAUGAACGCCACAAGGAAAUUGUUUUUGCUGCAGAUGAUAUCACUCCACUUCUGAAACCGCUCGCUCUGCUCCUUUCCUCCAAGGGCAGCCCUACCGGGGCUUCCUGGUCGAUCCUGGACUAUGAUGAAACUAUUCUAACACUGUUCCGUGAUGCUUGGUUCAAUAUCGCCAUUCAUGGGAUAUCCCUUAGCUCUAGUGUUGCCCAGCGGCACCACAAGGAACUUCGCAUUCUUGCACAUCACUCCCCGCCCUUGGUGGCCGAGAAUCACAUGGACUCGCUGGAGAGCGAUGUAGAAUUGAACACUGUGCUCAGACGUGGGAUGGGACCGCAGCGAGUCAUGGAGCAGAAGAAAGCAUUGGUCUCCGAACUUCCUGGCCGUGAAUCCGAUAUCAAGCGACUGGACUAUUCAAGAGCAGUGUUUCUCAAUGCUGUGAUCUUGGUCGAAAGCCUCCGAGCCUCUUCAGGGGACUCUACCAAGAUUCUUAGUUAUUUUCUUGAUCCUGCAUUGGCCACACCAGAGAUGGUCGUAUGCACCAAUGCUGUUGCGGACAAAGCGGUCACCAGUUAUCUGUCCUUAACACUCUCCGGGGAACAUGAUGAGUUUUCUGCCCCUUACCUGUCCAAGCAGCUGGCUGGGUUCCUGGUGGCCUGCUGUCAUCGCAUUGAAAGAGUUCAGAGUAUUGCGACACAAUGUGCGGAUAAAAUCAUUCGUGAAUGCCCUUCUGCCUUGUGUGAAAAGCAUUCACUCUUUGCUUUGCUUGAAAUUCUGACAGUCAUGUGGUCUUCCUGUCUUCAAGGAGAACUUGAUGAGUUUGAGUGGAAACCGUCUUUGGUUUCUCCCAUGGGCAUUGUCAAGGUUGAACUGCCGGACAACUAUGCACUGAGAAGAGCAACUCUGAAUCGAUUCCAUGAACGAGCAAGAACUUGGGUAACCACCGUCUUGAACAUUGCCCCACUAGAUAUCAAAGGAUUACUCCAAACCUAUCUUUCCGAAUACGAUGACGAUGGUGGCUAUGGACAUAUUUCAAUGGGACGUUCAUUUGCUCUCGAAAUGGGUUCCCUGAUCCCACAAAGUGACCCACGACUUGGGUCCAUCGAUGGCUACGGAAGCACACAGUUCAAUGUCGCAUCUGAUUUUAUGGCACUAUACACAACACGCCAGAAAUACCGGCGACCAGAUAUGCCUUCUCUCGGUGGGCUGGACGGGGAAUCCUACAGCCAAUGCGUUGAUCAACCUCGCGUCGAUAAUCUUCCCGAAUCUACUGAGUCUUUGGAAAAGAUUCUUGGUCGCCUCUACGAACGGAGCAUCGCUGGCGAGGAAAUUUCUGUGGUGGAGGUUAGAAAUGUACUUCGGCAGGCUGCGGGACUUAUUUGCAGCAGCAGCAAGCCACGACUCUCUGUGGUCCAUUACUUGGUCGCGUUGCCUUUCCAGAUUUUCACCAAAGAGACCAUCAAACUGGGUGUAUCCCUCUGGCUUGGGGUUAUUCAUGAGAACCCAAGCACCGAGCCACGAAUCCUAUGUGAAGUCAUCGAGGGGUGGGAGAGAAGCAUGAAGCGCCGCAAAGGAUUGUUUGAUCCUACCUUCGAAUACCUCGACCCACUCCACACUAGAAUUGAACUUUUGCCAACUGACAAGGAUCUCAUGCUCCGGAUGCAGCAAAAGGCUCAAGAUACUGUCUCGCCGCAUCUACGCGUUCUUCAUUUCUUCGAAAGCCAUUUCAAUGCUAUUCGUCUAGGAAAUUUGCAGGAUCAACAGCUUUUCUGUCGCCUAAUCAGUAGCACGGUUGUUGGUCUCUCAAAAUCUCAGGGGCAUCCGUUGGCGAGGGAAAUCCAUUUCCGCAUUGUGCUCCUUGGUCUCAGAGUUCUGAGACAUCUCAGUCCUCGAAACAGCGGUGCAUCGUGGAAACUGAAAGAUCAGAUAUUAUCUGCUGCUCUGAGUUGGUUUAGACAUCCUCCAAGGUGGUCAUUCGGAGGUAAUCGCCUACAGAUUAAAGCAGAAGAUCGAAUUCUCAGCGAGGUCACGGCGGUUCUACGAAGCGUUGCGGGAAUUGCUGCUCUUGCACAAGGGUCGUACAAAUCUUUGCAGCCUAAACAAGAAUUGCUUCAAGUCCUCGUGGAGAAUGAACGAUCUCGCCUUCGGGUUUGGCUCUUUCCCCUAGAACCGGAGCGAAAGCACCAUAUGCCUUCCAUUGGUGGCAAGAGUCCUGAUGAAGGCCCCGUAUCUUUACUUCGGCUUGCCUGGGCGGAAAAUGCAGGGUUGGCUAUUCAGAUGGCUACUCGGUUCCCCUCGACCAAAAUGCAGACUGAUAUUAGGUCAUUGAUACUGAAUUUCCCGGAGAAAGUCAUCGAAGAACCAAGCGCCCUGGAGAUUAUGUUCGACAACUCUUUACCUGCCGAUGUUGGUCCGCAGUUGAAAUACAUGCUAUAUUGGGCUCCUGUCACUCCUACGGAGGCUAUUACAUAUUUCAUGCCUGCUUACGGCAAUCAUCCCUACAUCUUGCAGUACGCCAUGCGGGCGUUGGAGAGUUAUUCAAUGGAUGUUCGGUUCUAUUUUGUACCGCAACUGGUGCAGGCUCUACGCUUCGAUGCUCUGGGUUAUGUAGACCGCUACAUUCUCGAAACAACCAAGUUAUCUCAGCUGUUUGCUCACCAGGUUAUUUGGAACAUGAAGGCCAACUCCUUCAAGGACGAGGAUUCUCAAAUACCCGAUCCGAUCAAAGACACACUUGAUCGUUUCCUUGAUAACUUGAUUUCAAGCUUCUCAGACGAAGAGCGUGCUUUCUAUGAGAGAGAAUUCUCAUUCUUCAACGAAGUCACGGGUGUCUCGGGCAAACUUCGCCCCUAUAUCAAGAGAAGUAAACCCGAGAAAAAAGAGAAGAUUGAGGAGGAAUUGCGUAAGAUCAAGGUGGAAGUCGGAGUGUAUCUUCCUAGCAACCCCGACGGCGUAGUUGUGGGCAUUGACCGGAAAUCUGGUAAACCGUUGCAGAGUCACGCAAAGGCACCUUAUAUGGCGACAUUCCGCAUUCAGAAAACACGGCCACGAUUGAUUGAAAAGGCCGAGGCCGAUUCUAGUGACCAUCACCACCAGCAUCAACGGCAAUUGACCAAUCAUUCCGAGCCUGAGCAGGAGACCUACGAAGUUUGGCAGUCGGCAAUUUUCAAGGUCGGUGACGAUUGUCGUCAGGAUAUGCUUGCCCUGCAGAUGAUUGCGGCUUUUAGAAGCAUUUUCACCAGCGUUGGCUUGGACGUUUGGGUCUACCCUUACCGAGUGACCUCAACAGCGCCUGGCUGUGGUGUGAUCGACGUGCUUCCCAACUCCAUUUCUCGCGAUAUGCUCGGUCGCGAGGCAGUUAACGGGCUGUAUGACUACUUUGUGUCCAAGUAUGGAGGCGAAGACUCUAUUAAAUUCCAAGAGGCGCGGACCAAUUUUGUCAAGAGUAUGGCUGCCUACUCAGUCAUAUCCUACCUGCUGCAAUUCAAGGAUCGGCACAAUGGAAACAUUAUGAUUGACGACGCUGGCCAUAUCAUUCACAUUGAUUUUGGAUUCUGCUUUGACAUUGCGCCGGGCGGCGUGCGAUUCGAGCGAGCACCGUUCAAACUGACCUCCGAGAUGGUCGCUGUCAUGAGUGGAACUCAUGAUCCAGCCCACCAUCAGGGCGGCAUCAACUUGCCAGGCAGUUCCCAUAACCCGACCACCACGCAGCCAUACCGGUGGUUUGAGUCGUUGGUGGUGAAGGCAUUCCUUGCAUCGCGCCCGUAUAGCACGAAGCUGGCCCAUAUUGUAUCCCUCAUGCUUGACAGUGGUCUUCCAUGCUUCAAGCCCGAAACACUGAAAAACUUCCGUGACCGGUUUGUUCUGGACAAAAGCGAGCGCGAUGCCGCCGAGUACAUGCGCGAACUUACACGCAAAUCGUACAUGAGCGUAUCAACCAAGGGUUAUGAUCAGUUCCAACUCAUGACCAACGGUAUUCCUUACUAG